AGCCCCUAGGCUGGCCUGGUAAAAGAGCCAAGUCCUAAGAAGGGUGCUUGCUCCUGGUCUCUCCCCAGCGACCGAUGACGUCAAACCCUACACUUUCUUUGAUUGGCUUAGCCAGAAUGACAAGGGCAGUUAUGGGAAGUGAGCUGGAGAAACAUGAUCUGGGAAGGAAUCUGGGGACCUGGGUCAGCCGUCUGGUAGCUCCAAGCCCACUGGGAGGUGUGAAGAUAUGGAUCAUGAACUGAGGCAGGGAGCUGCGCUGCUAUGGCUGCUACCCCUUCUGUGGCUGCUGCCCCAAUCCUGGACUGCUCCUGAAGCUCCUACUCCAGGGUGGAGGGAUGAGCUGCAAAACCACACGUUCCUGCACACAAUGUACUGCCAGAACGGGAGUCCCAGCGUGGGGCUCUCCGAAGCCUACAACGGGGACCAGCUUUUCUCCUUCGACUUUUCCCAGAAUAUCCGAGUGCCUCGGCUGCCAGAAUUUGCCGACUGGGCUCACAAGCCUCGAGAUACUUCCAACAUUUUCUUUGACAAAGCAUUCUGCAGGGCGAUCAUCGAGGAAAUUGGCCCAGAACUUGAGGGGCAAAUCCCAGUGUCUAGAGGGCUCCCCAUCGCUGAGGUGUUCACUCUGAAGCCCCUGGAGUUUGGCAAGCCCAACACACUGGUCUGUUUCAUCAGUAACCUCUUCCCACCCACACUGACUGUGAACUGGCAGCAUCAUUCGGCCCCUGUGGAAGGAGCAAGGCCCACUUUUGUCUCAGCCGUCGAUGGACUCACCUUCCAGGCCUUUUCUUACUUAAACUUCACACCAGCACCCGCUGAUCUUUUCUCCUGCAUCGUGACUCAUGAGAUUGACAGCUACACAGCAAUCGCCUUUUGGGUGCCCCAGAAUGAGCUGCCCUCCGAUCUUCUGGAGAAUGUGCUGUGCGGUGUAGCCUUUGGCCUGGGUGUGCUGGGCAUCAUUGUUGGCUUAGUCCUCAUCAUCUACUUCCGAAAACCUUGCUCAGACUGACUCUUCCUGACCAGAGUCUGAGGCCAACAGCUGGAGCCAUCCAAGCAAGAGGUGUUCAAGUUUCUCACAUCUUACCCAGGAUCUCUCCUUCUCAGAGCGGGAGGCCCUGGACCUACCCCCAGGGUGUGUGUGUGUGUGUGUGUGUGUGUACAGGUUUCUCAGCUGGGGGCUCUGCUGUCCCUGGGCUUUUGCAUCCAGGGGAACCCAGAGUGGCUUUCCUAUCAUGACCACAUCACUGCCAU